UUACCCUUAUCAAGAUCCCGAGGUUAGGGUUUGGUCGCUGCUCCCCUCUGCCUCGUAUUUACUUCCGUUUCACAAUUAGUGCACAAAAAAAAAAAAACAAAAAUAUCAGUCUCAUUCUUGGAUUGAGGGGCGAGGGUAAUUAUAGCCGCUCAGCUCACCUUUACUGCUACAACUGGCCGCCGUUGUCGUCUCCGUCGUCUGCGGUGGUUGUUUACAUAGCCAUGUAUUCCUCGCGAGGAGGGAGUAAUGCAUAUGGGCAGCAACAUCCCUAUGCUUCACAAUCUGGAUAUGAUCAGAACCUUGGACCUGCUUAUACUGGUAGUUCUGUUGGAGGGCCUGAUGGGAGCUCUCAACUAUCCAUGGCAUCUCGGCAUUCAUCAAUGUUAGGAGGUCGUCAGGAAGCGGAUAUCAGUGGAUAUAGAGCUCAAUCCUCAUCUGGAGCCCAUUAUGGUGGGCAAUAUGGUUCAGUUUAUGCUUCAACUACUUUGGGCACUGCUCAACAGGUUCCUGCAAUGAGUGCCAAAGGAGCUGGACCGUCUGCUAUAGAAGGUCGUAGUGGUUAUAGCUCAGCUAUGCCAGAAUCGCCUAAGUUCACAUCUGGUGACUAUGUCUCAUCUUCAGGCCAUGGAUAUGGUCAUAAAGGUGAUCAGUUAUUCUCGGAUAAGAUUCCUGAUUAUUCAUCUAUAGACAGACGGGAGUAUGGUGAACGACAGGGUACUUACAUAGGGAGGGAUUUACAAAGUGAACCGACCGGUCGAUUUGCUGAAUCUAUGGGUUUUGGUCAUCAGCAUCAGGCCAAUGUGUAUGAUCGCAUGAGUCAGGUAUCACUGUUUCAUUCAGAACAAAUGCUUAAGGCUCAGCCGCUGCAAUCUGCUUCCCUUGAUGGAGGUUCCAGACAAGCUGAUUAUCUUGCAGCAAGAGGGGCCACUAUUCGUCAUCCGACACAAGAUCUUUUGUCUUAUGGUGGAAGAAUGGAUGCUGAACCUCCCAGUUUAUCGAUGCUAAGUGGUUCAUCAUAUGGUGGACAGCAUGCUCCAUCAAUUCUAGGGGCAGCCCCCCGGAAGGAUGUGGACGAUCUUAUGUAUGCUCAAAGUUCUUCCAAUCCCGGUUAUGGUGUGAGCCUGCCUCCAGGUAGAGACUAUGCUACAGGAAAGGGGCUUCAUGGCACAUCACUUGAAUCGGAUUAUCUGGGCAGUAUGUUGUCACGUGGUGGUCAUCCAAGGAUUGAUGAGCGUAAAGAUGAUAGGGGCGGAUAUGCUCGAGAGCAUGAGCAAAGGGAGGAGGAGCGUCGUAGGGAGCAUUUGCGUGACAGAGAAAGGGAGAAGGAACGGGAACGGGAACGGGAACGGGAACGAGAACGAGAACGGCAACGGGAUCGAGAACGGGAACGAGAAAGAGAGCGUGAAAGGGAACGCAUUUUGGAGCGGCGGGAGAAAGAGAGAGAUCGAGAGCGUAAACGUGGACUUGAGAUUAGGCGUGAACGAACUCCACCAAGAAUCUCUAGGGACCGCCGUGGCUCUUCAUUGAUAAAAGAUGGGAGAUCCUUACGACGAGAUUCCCCACGUCAUGAAGCUUCACAUAGGCGUCAUUCACCUGUUAAAGAAAAAAGGAGAGAAUAUGCCUGCAAGGUUUACUCCUCCAGUUUGGUAGAUGUAGAGAGGGAUUUUUUGUCGAUUGAUAAGCGAUAUCCCAGACUUUUUGUAUCUCCAGAAUUUUCCAAGGUUGUUGUGAACUGGCCAAGGCAGGAUCUUAAACUUUCUAUCUGUACUCCUGUCAGUUUUGAGCAUGAUUUUGCUGGAGAGAUUGCAUCUGAGCAGAAAGGAACUUCUGUGAAGUCAUCAGCUGAUGAACCUGUAAAAUCAGAUGGAGUUACUGUGUGGAACGCAAAGAUGAUUUUGAUGAGUGGACUUAGCCAAAAUGCGCUGGAGGAGCUUUCAUCUGAAAAAAGUUAUGAUGAUCGCAUUCCUCAUUUUUCCAACAUCCUUAGGUUUGCUAUUCUAAAAAAAGAUCAUUCUUUCAUGGCAAUUGGAGGGCCAUGGGAUACCGUUGAUGGUGGGGAUCCAUCAGUUGAUUCUUCUCUGGUUCGAACAGUUCUUAGAUAUGCAAAGGAUGUGACAGAACUUGAUCUCAAGAACUGCCGACACUGGAAUCGUUUCCUUGAGAUACACUAUGAUAGAUUUGGCGAGGAUGGGCUGUUUAGCCAUAAAGAGGUAACUGUACUAUAUGUUCCAGAUUUGUCGGAAUGUCUCCCCUCAUUGGAUACAUGGCGGGACCAUUGGCUUGCUCAUAAGAAGGCUAUUACUGAGAGAGAUCGGCUGCUUGCUUUAAAAAAAGAGAAAUCUAGAGAGAGAAAGGAAGGGCUGAAAGAUAAGGGUGUUGAUUCCCCGAAAGAUAUCAAAAGUGUUGAUAAAUCUGAAAAAAAGAAGGAAUCUGUAUCCUCCGGACAGUCUAUAGAUGUCGACAAAAAGGAGAAAGAUUGCAGUGCACUAGGAGGUAAUGCAGUUGAAAAAGAGGACGAUGGUGGUGACAAAAAAUCUGAGAAGAAAGGUGGGGGUGAAGGAGCUGGGGAAGGCAAUAGCGUUGAGAAGAAGGAACUGGGGGAAGGUGCUGGCGCUCAGACAGCUGUUGUUGCGAAGUUAGGGAAGAAGAAAAUUAUAAAGAAGAUUGUAAAACAAAAGGUUGCUAAUAAGAAAGAAAGUGUGAAAGAUAUAACCAAACAGAAUGACAAGCUGGAUGAGGAUGUUGGAGAGAAGAAUGCGAAUUCAGAAAUCACUGGUCAACAGGAUGAGGCAUCUGCUAAUCCUGCUGGUGUUAAAACAUUUAUCAGAAAGAAAGUUGCGAAAAAGGUUCCAGUGGGAAAAUCUGCUCAGAAGGAAGAUGAAGUCAUGCAGACUGAGGUGAAAAAUCAAAAGGGAGCAGGGGUUUCUGAAGAUGUUUCAAAGGGCGCAUCAGAUUCUAACAGUCCCAUUGUUGUACAAGAUACUACUGUGAAAACAACUGUAAAAAGAAAAAUAAUUAGACGGGUGCCUAAAAGAAAGGUCACUGGUGCUGGAGCCAAUGAUGGGGUAGCCCAGAGUAAGGACGAUGGAAAUAAUAAUGAGAAAAAAGUAGUUCAGGUAGGAAAAGAAGUGAAAAUUACGGGGGAGCAAACUGUAGCUGCUGGCAACCAGGUUAUUAGUGAGGUUGAGUCUGAAAAGAAGAUAGUUCCUAAAGAAAAAUCUAAAACAGUGACACCUGAGAAGCAAGAAAAAACUACUGGUAAUUCAAGUAAGACUGGAAACAAAGUUAACAAAGAAGAUAGAAAAGAAGAGAAGAGGACUGAGGAGAAAUCUGGUUCUGGGUCCAAAAUGGAGAUUGAGGUUGAUAAUCAAAAAGAGUCUCAGAAGGAUAUCCAUAAUGGCAAGAGGGAAAAAUCCAAAGAAAGGGAUAAGUCAAAAGAUGAGAAAGAGAGAAAAGACAAAGAUGGAAAAGAUGAGUCCCGAAGCAAAUCAAACAAAGAGGUGAAAGACAUGAAAGAAAAGAAAAGGCCUGAAGAACCUCCACGUCACCCUGGAUUGUUUCUCCAAGUAAAAGGGAGCAAGGAUUCUAAACUGCAUUCACUAUCAAAAUCACUGGAUUCACUCUUGGAUUAUACUGACAAGGAUAUUGAAGAAUCGACAUUUGAGCUUUCGUUGUUUGCUGAAUCCCUGUAUGAAAUGCUUCAAUAUCAGAUGGGUUCUCGUCUAUUAACAUUUCUCCAGAAAUUGCGGAUAAAGUUUAUGAUGAAAAGAAACCAAAGGAAAAGACAAAGGGAAGAAGUUUCUAGGAAGGAAAGUGAGAAAAAAUUAUCAACAAAGCGUAUGAAGACUGAUGAGACCACCGGGGAAACCAAAUCUAUUAAAACUGAAGCAGAGGAAGCAGCUCAUGUAGAUGAUGUAAAAAUAGCUGAGGAGGAUACUUCUGUUGGUAAGGUUGAAAAUGUGAAGCCAGAGGAUGGAACAGAUGAUGAUGAAGAUCCGGAAGAAGAUCCAGAGGAAGAUGAAGAAAUUCCAGAUGCAAGCCCUCAAGAUGUCUCGUUUAGUGAGGAAAAUGCUGGUGGUGGGGCUCCUGACGCUGCCCCGAAGUCUGAAAAGGUAGCUGGAAAUGAGAAAGAUGGACAACAGGAAAGUGCUAAUGAAAGUUCGGAGACAAAGCCCAAGUUGGAUGCAGAGAGCAAAGAAACAGUUGCAAAGACAGACACACAGAAAAAGGAAACUUCAGUUGUAGUUGACAAGGAACUCUUGCAGGCUUUUAGGUUUUUUGAUCGGAAUCGAGUGGGCUACAUCAGGGUAGAAGAUAUGAGGUUGAUUAUCCACAGCUUAGGGAAGUUCCUCUCGCACAGGGAUGUCAAGGAACUUGUGCAAAGUGCACUACUAGAGAGCAACACUGGAAGAGACGACCGUAUUCUUUACAAUAAGCUGGUGAGAAUGUCUACUUUGUGAGAUUGAAUGAUGGGUUUAUGGGGAUUCUCGUUUUGUUUUGCAAGUGUGUUCUGAAUUUAACUUAUGAUAGUCUUCUUUUUCGGGAUUUGGAAGCAUCUAGAGAUACCUGUUAAGUGGAUUUCAGGUCUCUUUUAUAGAUUAUGUUCUAAUCAACUUGUUCUAUUAUUUAGACUUGGGAUCAACAAUCAUUGCUAGCACAGUGUCAAUUAAUCAACUUGUUCUAUUAUUUAGACUUGGAAUCAACAAUCAUUGCUAGCACAGUGUCAAUUUGUUAUGUUGUUUUACAUUGCCCAGUUAGUUAUGGUCAUCUUGCCCAAGAUGUGCAGUACGUUCUACCUACCACUGAGUGAUUUGGGAAACGCACGAGUUUGUUUAUGUUAAAAUUCUUGAAGCUGUAAUGGAGACAUUUCUUUUAACUGUAA